ACCGUCGCGAGAUCACGGCUUUACCACGCUCCAUACGUUAUUAAAAUCAAAAUAAAUUAAAAAAAUACGUGAUUGUGGCCAUGCUUGUGUUGUUUUGUGUGUGUAUUCGAACAUUAACACUGCAAAAACAUGUAAUAAUUUAAACCAUCCAUCAAGAAAAUAACCGCUUUUCCUCACCUGAAACACGAGUACAUGACAAUGCAUUAACCGACCAGUUGCGGUCGUGGCGACACGAAAAUGACUAGAAAUUAAAAAUGUGAUCAAAAAUAAACAAAAAUGUUCGCGAAAACGGAUCGAUUCUGGGAUCGGAGAAAGUUUAGGAACUCACGAUGAUGCCGCGUUAUCGAUUUUUCGAUUCGAUAAAAUAAAUCGAUUCCUCUCGAUUUAUCGCUUAGUAAAUUGUGUUGCAAUUAUUUUAAAUUCUAAAGCAAUAUUAGGUUAAAUUGUAAAUAAGUGUAAAUAUUUCGGACACAAUUCCGUUCCUAGGCAUAACGGGGCCAAAAUCGCGUAGCUAGAAUCAAAAUGCUACCAAAUAUAACGUUUGGUAGAACGAUGAGUUGGAAUGAAACGAACUCAACACAUUUAAUACCAAGUUACUUGAGCCAAGAGGAGUUCUUUGCGUUGCAAAACGGUUCGGAUCUGAAUUCGACGUUUAAUGACACACAUUUUGUGCUGAAGUCUUGGUAUCCGAGUGGAUAUUCACCGGCGCAUAUAAUAAUCGCGUCGGUGGUCGUAACGGUUCUUAUGAUUAUGGUGGUAGUAGGGAAUAUGUUGGUGAUUAUUGCAAUAGUGACUGAAAAGGCGCUGAAGAACAUACAAAAUUGGUUCAUAGCGUCACUGGCUGUGUCGGAUUUCUUUCUUGGUUUAGUGAUAAUGCCAUUUUCGCUCGCGAAUGAGCUUAUGGGUUACUGGAUUUUUGGGUUUUGGUGGUGCGAGAUACAUUCCGCGAUGGAUGUGUUGUUGUGCACCGCGUCUAUUAUGAAUUUGUGCCUCAUAUCACUGGACCGCUACUGGAGUAUAACACAGGCGGUAGAUUACCUCAAAAAGCGGACACCUGCGCGUGCGGCGCUCAUGAUUGCAGCAGUAUGGCUCAUGAGCGCGCUCGUCUGUAUACCGCCGUUAUUGGGAUGGAGAGUUAGCAGACCUCUAGAGCAGUUUCCACAGUGCAAGGUGUCAGAUGACAUCGGCUACGUGAUAUAUUCUGCACUGGGCAGCUUUUACAUCCCGUCCUGCAUCAUGGUGUUCGUUUACAUAAGGAUAUACUACGCUGCCAAAGCUAGGGCGAGACGAGGGAUCAGAAAGAAUCCAAGACCAAGAUCUAAUGACCAGCAAACAAGUUUCUCAAACGCGCCAAAGGGGUCGAACCCUAUGCCUUCUUCGUCCUUAACGAUGCCUGCGGGAGUGGACGGUAGUCAUUCUAAUAAUAAUAGGGAAACACAAAUAUCGACAAUAGAAACGCAGCAAGUUCCCAUACCUACGGUGACAUGCGAUUUUGCAUCUGACAUAUCCACUAGCGAGGCUGCUGAUCAGGCACCAACUCCUGAUGAUAGAAAGGAUACACUCAAGGUGGUUACAUCAGCUCAAGUAACGAGAAAUCCUUUAGCCGCGUGUGCCUAUAGACACUCAACUCUUUCCGUAAACGGUGAGCUUGCUCUACAAUCUCAACGUUGCCGGGCUCCCAGCGUCGCCAUAGACACCGACAUGGUCUCCGAACUGGAGCCUUCGUCAUCGGACUCAGGAGUUGCAACACGCUGUGCAGUGGUCAAACCGCUCAAACUUCGAAUAUGCCAGCCAAUUUUUGGUAAAAAGUCUGACCGAAAACAAGAAAAGACGCUACCCUCAAAGUCAGAACUGGAACCAGCGUUACCGAAACAGCAUAAACCGAGAGAUCCUGAAAGGGAAAAAAGAAGAUUAGCGAGGAAAAAAGAAAAACGAGCCACGUUGAUUCUAGGCCUAAUCAUGGGCAGUUUCAUUGCUUGUUGGCUGCCGUUUUUCUUUUUGUAUAUUUUGAAGGCUGCGUGUAGAUGGUGUGUUAUACCCGGGAGUGCGUUCGCGAUCGCCUUCUGGUUAGGCUAUAUGAACUCAGUUUUAAAUCCAGUUAUCUAUACGAUAUUUAAUAAGGAUUUCCGAAGGGCGUUCAGGCGUAUACUGUUCAAGUGAUGUUUGGCCUACCUGUGCUGUUACCAAUGCGUGGCCAACAGGAUUUUGUUGGCUCAGCAGAGGGCAGCACCAGGUCUUUACAAUAUGCGUUAAUUUCUACUUGACAAAGCUAAAAUUAAUUUCACGAAGAACCAUUCAACUGUUAAUAUUGUAUUAUAUUGAGUUCUUUGUAAGUGUAAUUUAGUUCUCGAUAAAGGUUUUAAUAAGUAUUAUGAAAACGAUAUUAUUGUUGAAAGGAAUUGAAUAUGACUUGAUUUAUAUUCAGUAGAAAAUGUUUUAGUCUUUACAAAGAACAUCUCUAAUAUUUUGCACAAAAUUAGAAACUAAAUUGAACUGUCGGUUAAAAACGACCGAAAAAAAUCAAUCAUAAUCGAUAAUAUAGUAAAACUCAAUAAAUUUCUACCCGACGAAGUUACAUUAAAAUAUUUAUACUGAAAAGUAAACAUUGUUUCAAUAUUGUAAACCUUCGAUGAAUAUUCAUUUUAAUUAAUAUUAUUGUUCGAAGUUAUUAUUAUCUGUUAGUUUAGGUAGAUUAAUUUAGUUGAUUUUAACUACUGUGAUCGAUUUUUCCUACAUAUUUAUAAUUGUGUAUAGUACUUAUCAUAUUGUAAAGACCAGUUAUAGAUAGUAGAAAGUUUUUAAAAAUAGAACCUUUUUUCAAUACCUUUUAAAUUAUAAAUUCAUGUCUGAAUAUGUAAAUGUCAAUCAAAUUCAAAAGAACGAUUCAAAUCUACACAGGUCGUAACCAUAAGGCUUGUCGCAUACACACGUUUUCCGUAUUCGAUUUCCGAAUGCGGAAUUUCGAUUUGGACAAGCCUAAGAGAUGUGUAAGAUGUGGUCGAAAAUCUUUAGCCUGCCCAUUAUAGAAAUAAAAAAAAUACUGAGACUGAGAGCACGUUUAUCGUAGGCUGAGGCCAACGGAACCUAAACUUAGUUUCGUUGUUUAUACAAACAUUUAACUUUAAAUAAACAGAUUAUAGACGAAAUAAUUAGUCUAGUUUUAGGCUAACGACAGAAUUUCCUGCAUUUUUUUAACAACUCUAUCUUGGAAAUAAUUUUUAAGAUAAUUUACAAGUUUUUGACUUUUGAACAAAUUUUGAUUGACGUUUAAGUAUUUCGACAUAAAACAGUGCCCUACUGAUUGAAUAAUGACUGUGCCUCCGUGCCUAUCAAUGCACUUUACAUAAACGCACCUUCAUUAAGUACUAAUGUAAAAAAAAAUAUUUACGCAAGUGUAUUUUUCUGAUUUAAAUGCAUUAAUAAACUCUGUAUAGAUCACACGUAGUCACGCAAAAAAAACGAUGCGUUGUGAUCCAAUUAAGGAUUAUUUUAUUUAUAUUUUGUCAAUGAAAGCUGUUUAGUACAAAAUUGAAUAAUAUCUAAAUUGCAAUUUUAUGUAUGCUAUAAAAUAAAAUAAAUAACGAAUAUCUUACCUUCUAAUAUAAAUAACUCCUAAUACCUUUAAGUAUUAUUUCUGGUAAAAUUGGUGGAUAGUAAUUUAAUCAAAUUAUAAUGUUCAAUGCCAAUUUAAUUAUUUAAUUAUAAAAAUUAUUGCCAUGUUACACCAAUUUUGAAAUUUUAAUGACAUUGACAAUUGCUGAAAAGUUUGCGCUUACUCAAUAAUUAUAAGAUUAUUUUAGAACAGAACACACUACGAUUAACCUACAUAAUAAUUUAUUAUCUGUUUUAAUUUGUUGAAUUCUCCCAUGUAUAUUGUAGAUGGCGCUGGUCGCAAAAAAUCGUGAUUUACCUAGAUAUAAGAUUUAAUAUAAUCUUGUAAUGAUACCAAAAGAACACCAAAAUCUUUGUAAAUUUUCUAAUCUUAUGAACUAGUAAUAAUGUUCAAUAUCUAAAGUAUACGCCUAGUAUAUAUAAUUAGCGAAAUUAAUGUAUAUAAAAAGCUACUUAUAAUAUUUUGCUUGGAAUAAUAGAAUUUUGACCCAUGGUUUUAUUUAACUAAACCUACCUAUGACUGACAGUAGUUUUCUGUAAUUUGUAAAUAAUUUAUAAUUAGUGAAAAAACAACGACUAUUUAAUUCUAAAUUAUUAAUUAUAGAUUCUUAUAGAUCUCUAGUGAUAGAUAUUCAUAGUUUAGGCGUGAGAAGCAAUAGAAUUUUCAUUUAACUCACUUGAAAUUUUUCAUGUUGUCUUCCAAUGCGUGUGUGAUCAUAAAUCAUUCCUUAAUUUAAAAACACCAAAUUUUGUGUAUCGCACAUAAGUAUUAUUAUUUAUUAAGAUUCGAAACGGAUAUUUAGGAUUACAUAAUAUAGCACUGAGCCCAUGCUUAUUGUGACUAUCCUAUAAUCAGAAGGAAUGUCUAAAACUGUAUUUUAGUCAUUCCUUCCUAAUGCAAUAAUUAUUAGCUAAAACGUUUGUUUGUAUCAAAGUUUUCAAAGAUAUACAGGUUUUGUACAGAAUAAAUAUACCUACUAUUUCUUAUAGAUUAAAAUAGCGAAUUUUGAGAUAUUAUCUAUAAUGUUUAUUAGUAUAAUUAUAUAGUAUAUUCCCCUAAUAAUUAGAGAAUGUUCAAUAAAAUUGUUCUAAAUCUUAAAUUACUAUUUAUAUAAUAAUAAUGUUACGCUAUAGUAUAAUUUGUUGAUGAUAUUUUAAAUUUGCGUCUGUUACGUUUCAAAUUCUUUGAAAACUUGUAAUUAAUAUACGAUUAUUCUCUCGAAUGUAAAAAAAAGAUUAUACGAAGUACCAAAUAUACAAUUUUAAUCUUUA